GAGGAGGGGGGGGUUGUUGUAGGGCGGACACGCUUAUGAAAAGAGCAGGAAGCUUUGCUUGAUUCAUUCAUCUGACACUGAGUGAGAGACACAAACCCACGUUCAGCUGAUGAUCUUUUUCUAUUUCCGGCCAUCUUUAACUGAUUCUGAGCAGGAAUAUGCAUUAGACUAACCGACACUGUUACUUUGAACUCAUCAGUAUACAGUUAGUCGGCAGUGUUUUUAUGACAGAGUGCUUACGGGUGUCAGACGUUACACCGUUCACCAACUUUGUGCAUGUUUUAUUUUUGUGUAAACUAGCGUUUUUAAAAUUUAAAGUAAAAAAGGCGGACGCCUGAAAGAUGGGGUGCACUGCGAGCACAGGCGAUAAAGCGGCUCAUGACAGAAGUCGGAUGAUCGACAAGAAUUUACGGGACGAAGGAGAAAAAGCCGCACGAGAGGUCAAGCUGCUUCUUCUCGGUGCUGGUGAGUCUGGGAAAAGUACAAUUGUCAAACAAAUGAAAAUCAUCCACCAGUCUGGUUACUCAGAAGAGGAGUGCCAUCAGUUAAGGGCCGUGGUAUACAGCAACACCACUCAGUCCUUGAUGAUCAUCGUCAGGGCCAUGGAGCGGCUGGAGAUCGAAUUUGCCGAUGCUGCUCGUGCUGACGAUGCAAGGCAGUUGUUUGCGCUGGCGAGCACAGUUGAUGAGGGUGACAUGAGCGCAGAGCUCGCCGGUAUCCUCAAGCGCCUCUGGUUGGAUGGAGGUGUGCAGACAUGCUUCGGUCGCUCUAGGGAGUACCACCUCAAUGACUCUGCUUCAUACUACCUGAAUGAUCUAGACAGGAUAUCGGUCCCUACUUACGUCCCCACGCAACAGGAUGUCCUCAGGACCAGAGUGAAGACCACUGGUAUUGUUGAGACCCACUUCACCUUCAAGGAUCUUCACUUUAAGAUGUUUGACGUGGGUGGUCAGAGAUCUGAAAGAAAGAAGUGGAUUCACUGCUUCGAGGGGGUGACCGCCAUCAUUUUCUGCGCUUCUAUGAGUGACUACGACCUGGUUCUGGCUGAGGAUGAGGAAAUGAACCGCAUGCACGAGAGCAUGAAGCUGUUUGACAGCAUCUGCAACAAUAAGUGGUUUGAGGAGACGUCCAUCAUCCUUUUCCUCAAUAAGAAAGAUCUGUUUGAGGAGAAAGUCAAGAAAAGCCCUCUGACCAUUUGCUUCCCAGACUACACUGGUGGGAACACGUAUGACGAAGCGGCCGCCCAUAUCCAGAAUCAGUUUGAGGACCUGAACGUGAAGAAGGAAACCAAGGAAAUCUACACCCACUUCACUUGCGCAACAGACACUAAGAACGUGCAGUUUGUCUUUGAUGCCGUCACUGAUGUCAUCAUCAAGAAUAACCUGAAGGACUGUGGGCUGUUCUAGAUCCAGCUGUUAUAUCAGGUGACGGAAAUAGACAGACAGAAAGUAGCUGGGAGACGUACGGCUGCAGCGAGGUCAACUAUGAACACGGCAUAUCCGUUAUGUAAACAUUUUAUUUAUCUUCUCUAAAAAAUUUUAUUGUUACAGGGAAAAAAAAUCUUUAUGUAAAAUAUUUGUACAACUGUAAUUGUCGCUGGAACUGUUUUAAAAAAAAAAAAAAUUAUAGUUGCUUUCUGAAGGUUUUUUUUUCAUGCUGAAGGUUUUUUUUGGGAACAUCUUUUAUUCUCUGCUCUUUUUUUUGGUCAUUUAAGCUGCUCAAACACAGAUGUAGGCAUUAACAUGAAAUCAUGUAACAUUAGUAGCACUCUUUUCCGGGGGUGACUCUGAUGAUGACGGAGAGCAUAUAUGAAUAGUUGACAAAACAAUCCCGUGGUGUACGUGUAAAACCUGCCUGAAUAAUAAGAUUAGUAUAGAGAAACUCCUCUGUGUGCAAACAUUAUAGAUGGAUGAGAUUUCCCAGAACACAUCUGACUACGCAGAAUUCACAUCCAUCGUGUCCGAUUAGUCUGUAGUUUGAUUACGAAGAGUGGGACUGAAAAGGCUUUUGGUUUCAAGAAGAACUGUGAUGACUUUGAAAACUUGAAGGCAUUGUGGAUGAAGAUGAAGAAAUGGAGAUGGGCAUUUUGCUCACAGAGAACCUUUUUCAAAGGACCAAAGCAUUUUGAUCUUGUUAAAUGAUUUCUGUAGUAAAUAAGUACCCUUGCACUUCUCAUCCAAGUGCGUUGCACACUAUUUAACUGCCUGUUAUAUGCUAGAAAAUAUGAUGUUAUAUAGUAGACAUUUUCUUCUAGAUAUUUAUGAUAAAUUUUAUUAGAUUUAUGCACCUCACCUUAUGUCCCUCACUGUCUCUGUUCUCAUUGGUGGGGAAUAACUGACCAGUAUCCACUAUUUUGCUAAUAAAAUGUGCUGUGAUUAACUCAUGGCAUUUCGAAAUA